GGCCAGAACGAUUCGGAACCUCUCAGGAGGUUGGUGGAAAGAUGCAGCAGACCCUCUUGCUGCACUUCCUUUCGGUACUUUUCAUUAUCCAAGAUGGAGUCCUGGCAAAAGAUCCCACCGCUUCAAUAAGAUAUGAGUCAGGAAACGAGGGAAUCCUGCCCAAUGAUCAGGAAUCUUUUAAAGAUGAUGGAGUUUUGGUUCUAAAUCCAACCAACAACUUGCAAAACGAGAAUGAAGCUGCGAUUACUCAAUACAGGGAGUAUCUGGAUAAUUCUAUAGGGAAAAUACUAUCCGAUUUACCAAACACUCACAAGAAGAAAAGGCGACAUGCUCUGCGGGAAGUACUGGAAGUUCUAACUGGCGUGAGUCUGAGCGUUUCUCCAUUGGGAGAAAGUCUCGGGAAAAUCACGGGACAGCAGGCGGAAUUGGUAUCAAAACUAAAACACCAGGAGGAAUGGAAGUUUUGGGCCGCAGCGAAAGUUCAGAAGGUGGGGCAGUCCACUGAAGGUCUGAGAACAGCCGAAGCUGUAUCCAUCACCGAAGAGUUUAACAAUCGUUAUGUCCUUCGAUUGCGCAACUGUGUUGGUCAGUUUCUCUGGGCUCAGAUUCGAUUUAAUCUGGAUUUGAAGAAGUCCAUCGAUGGCCUGCAAAUGCCUACAAAUCAGGUGAUCGAAGCCACGGAAAGGUGUCCCAGUGUCAAGCCCAAAAAGUGCCGCAAGGGUGUUAGGAGAGCUACUGUUGGGCUCCAAAAUGCUCCACAGAAUCUCCAUAACCUGUGGAUUGAGUCCAAUCAGCUGGAGGAUAUCCAGAAGCAAAGCAACCAGUGCCUGGAUAAAACUCUAAAGGAAUAUUUCGAGGAGCGGUCAGAAAUCGAAAGGCAGCUGGAGGACAUUAUCAAGGAGUAUCAUGCAAGUGAGACCCCCACUGGCAAAUAGGGAGUAAAAUAUAUAUAUUCAUCAAAUUGCAAAGAUAUAGUACAUAUAGCACACAUCCAGGGCAACUUCAGCACUUACUAGGCUAAGAAAAAAAA